AUGCCGGUCUAUUACAUUUACCACGACGAAUCUGCCUUCACCUCCGCACAGAAGCAAAGUAUCGCCAACGGCAUCGCAGAUGCACACGUCGCCGCGACGGACGCGCCGCGCUUCUUCGUGAAGGUUGCCUUCGUCGGCCGCGCGCACGGCGAUCUGUUCAGCAACGGCGCCGCCGCGCCGGACAUGGUCCAGGUCGUGGGCAACAUCCGCGCGGGCCGCGACUCGGCGCACAGGUACAAGCUGCUCACCCUGCUUGACGAUGUGAUCGUCCGGAAUGCGGGGGGGAAGAAGUUCUUGGUCGAGGUGACGUUGAUGGAGCGGCCUGCGGAGAAUGUGUUGCUGGAGGGCAUGAGGGAACCCGAAGUUGGAUCAGCAGAAGAGGAUCGUUGCAGAGACCUCGGGCAUGUCCCGGAGGAUAUGAAAUAUACGAACUUACGCAGAUAG